AUGAAAAGGGCUGCUGAAGAUUCAAAGAGACAUGAGGAUCAAGAGGCUGAUGAACACGAUGAUCUCGUUGCCGAUGAGGAUAGGGGAGAGACAACAACGCAGACAACACCAGGAGAAGCUCCGUCGAAUGAUGAUGAGUUCGAAUAUGUCAUGCCUCCAUAUGAUGAGGAAACUAAGAAGGCGAUGGAAGAAGCUGAAACUGCUCGUAAAGAAUAUGAUGAAGUAGACAUUAAGGUCACCACUCUAGAAAGUCAAAUACGGGAAGCGGAGUCUUUCGUUGAGCAGGACUUUGGCAGUGAUCAUGCGUGGGCAGCUCUCAAAGGACAGUGUUAUGAAUUGAAUGACAAGCAGUACACCUACAAAUACUGCCCAUUUGAAAAGACAGUGCAGAAGGACAAGAAUGGUCACGGCGAAACUGGUCUAGGUGACUGGAAGGAAUGGUCGGGCGAGGCCCAGAACAAAUAUUCCAAGCAAUCUUACACCGGUGGUCAACAAUGUUGGAAUGGUCCUCAACGAUCUACUGAGGUGGUGAUACAAUGUGGCGAAACGUCAGAAUUAAUCGAGGCCACGGAGCCGGCAAAAUGCGAAUAUCGUUUCGUAUUCCGGACGCCAGCUGCAUGCACAGAUCCUGACCAAGAGGCACCGCCUCACAUGGAGCUAUGA